AUGUCUGACAAGCCCAAAGGAAACGCCACUUCUGGUGCUAGGCUGUUCAGAACACGUUGCGCCAAUUGUCAUACUGUGGCUCAAUUUGCGCCGCAUAGAAUUGGACCCAACCUCCAUGGUGUGUUAGGAAAACAGUCUGGACAAGCGAUUAAUUAUCCUUUUACCAAUGCAAUGAAGGAUAGACACGUGACAUGGAACGAGCAAACAUUAGACAAUUUCAUAGAAAAUCCCAAAAAAUUUAUCCCCGGUACCAAGAUGGCAUUUGCUGGAUUCAAAAACCCACAGCAACGAGCGGAUGUCAUUGCUUACCUGAAGGAAGCUACUCAAUAG